AUGGAAACAGGGAUUGAAGAAAAACAAAAAUUAUACCACGACCCUAAUUCAGAUCACUACUUAAUUAUAUCCCCAAGACAAAAAUUAAAUCCAGUUUUAAAAAAAAUAAAUAGAGUACAAUAUAAAUUUAAUGAAAUAGUACCUGAUUUUUUAAUUGGAAAAAAUAAUGCAUGCUUAUUUAUAUCAAUGAAAUAUCAUCGCCUAAGACCAAAUUAUUUAAAAGCAAGAAUUGAAACAUUAACUAAUAAAUAUAAUAAUCGAUUGUUACUAUGUUUAGUAGAUAUAGACAAUAUAGAAAACCCAUUGGGAGAAAUAAAUCAACUAGCUUUUUGUAAUAACAUGACACUUAUAUUAUGCUGGACUAAUGAUGAAUGUGCAAGAGUUAUAGAAGAUUUUAAAAUUUUUGAAAAAAAUCAAUCCUAUAUUAAAAAUAAUAAAAAAUUUUCCAAUAAUGAAGAAAAAAUACAUGAACUUUUAAAAAAAAUACGUUGUAUUAAUUCUACAGAUUGUUUUACUAUUACAAAUAAAUUAAAAAAUUUUUCAAGUAUUGUUAAGGCAAAAAAAGAAGACCUUAUUAAUUGUUCCGGCCUAGGAAACAAAAAAAUACAGGCUCUUUUAUCUACCUUUUCAGAUCCGUUUUUUUAG